AUGUCGAAAUCGCAAAAGGUACAAACUAAUAAUACAAAUAAUAGUAUUACUAUCAGCAAAAACAAAACUAAUAUACAGGAUGCUCGCCAAAACAGUCCUUCAAAUAAGCCCGAUUCAAACAGCAUGAAUAAUGCUAGCCAUUCAGCACAAACGAAUAAACGUAAUCUUUCCAGCUCCUCCAAUUCAGCUUCCGAACCAUCAACACCGAAUCCAAAUAAGAAUAUUAUUUUAACAAAACAUAAAAAAAAGAUUUUUGUUACACGUAACAGAUUCGAAGUACUUGCCCAAGACGAUCCGUUUGAAACUAAUACUAAUGGAAAUAUACCUAACUCUCAUCAAAAUAAUACUAAUACUGAUGCCGAAACUUUCAUUAAACCUCCUCCACCUAUAUUUGUCAAAGGUGUCGAAGAUUAUCCCGAACUAUGUACGACCUUAAUUGAACUAAUUGGUGUAGACAAUUUCAUGUGCAAGUCUACAACUAACUCAUUGAAAAUUCAAACCACGGACCCUAGUGCGUACAGGGCAUUAAUACAAUUCCUCAAAACAGAAAAAGCUGAAUAUCAUACUUACCAAUUGAAUGAGGACAAACCACUACGGGUAGUUAUUCGUAACCUUCACUCAUCCACGCCUCUAACACUAAUAAAAGAGGAGUUAGAAGUUCGGUGUUUUGAGGUAAGGCAAGUUACUAAUGUCUUACACAAAGUCAAUAAGAACCCCCUUCCACUAUUCUUCAUCGAUCUUGAGCCAACACAGCAGUCUAAUGAAAUUUUCCAACUUUCAUCACUACUUCACUGUAAAAUUAAAGUUGAAGAACCAUAUAAACCAAAACAAAUCAGCCAAUGUUUCAACUGCCAACAAUACGGACACACCAGAGGAUACUGUGGAUACCAUCCUCGUUGUGUUCGUUGUGGAGCGGACCACCAGUCAUCUGCAUGCCCGAAUUCACGAGAUGUCCCUCCGAAAUGUGUCCACUGUUCCCAAAACCACCCAGCCAACUACAAAGGCUGCUCAAUCUACAAAGAACUUCAACGUCGAAAGAUACCCAGCGCACCAAGUAAUCGAAUAGAUAAUAAUUAUAAAACUAAGUCCACUAAUGUACAAGGUAGCCACCCACCUAGUCACGCUCACUCUAAUCCACAAACGCAAACUUACGCUCAGGCUACGUCCAACAUUCCUGCUAACGACACUUCACCUCCUAUCAAUGCAACUCAUCCUCCUGAUUUAAACAAAUUAAUGUCCAGUUUUCUAGAUGAAUUUAAAACAUUAAUUAAUCCACUUAUAGCUCUAUUAACUAAAGUAAUUUCCAAGCUCCUCGACAAAUAA